GCGCGAGACCGGCCGCGUUGCCGGGGCGACGCUUCCGGCCGGCGCGCGCAACCCCGGGAGCAGUGGAGUUGUGAAAUGGGCGGCUAGACAUGCCCGGCGCUGUGCAUUCGCCAGCGGGAGCGCGCUCGCGGCCGCGCGUUCUCCGCUUUCCCGGCUCCGUCGCUGACGCGUCGUAGACGUUGGGGAGCGGGAAGGCAGCGACAGCGGGAUCAGAAUGAACAGCGCCGGCGGCUUCGGGUUGGGCUUAGGCUUCGGCCUCACCCCUACGGCGGUGAUUCAGGUGACGAAUCUGUCAUCGGCGGUGACCAGCGAGCAGAUGCGGACGCUUUUUUCCUUCCUAGGAGAAAUCGAGGAGCUGCGGCUCUAUCCCCCGGACAACGCACCUCUUGCUUUUUCCUCCAAAGUAUGUUAUGUUAAGUUUCGUGACCCAUCAAGUGUUGGCGUGGCCCAGCAUCUAACUAACACGGUUUUUAUUGACAGAGCUCUGAUAGUUGUUCCUUGUGCAGAAGUGAUGCAGCCAACACGAACGGUUGUCAUGUGUAACACAACUUUCGAUCACCGCGAAAACACCGUCCUGGGAAAGCGUCCAUGCUUGAUAUCGUUUGGUUCAUGAACAUUAAGUUUCCAGUACAGGUAAAAUCCCAGAGGAAUCCAAAGCCCUCUCUUUAUUGGCUCCUGCUCCAACCAUGACAAGUCUGAUGCCUGGUGCAGGAUUGCUUCCCAUACCAACCCCAAAUCCCUUGACUACACUUGGUGUUUCACUUAGCAGUUUGGGAGCUAUACCGGCAGCAGCACUAGACCCCAACAUUGCAACACUUGGGGAGAUACCACAGCCACCACUUAUGGGAAACGUAGACCCUUCCAAGAUUGAUGAAAUUAGGAGAACAGUCUAUGUUGGAAAUUUGAAUUCCCAGACAACAACAGCUGAUCAACUACUUGAAUUUUUUAAACAAGUUGGGGAAGUGAAGUUUGUGCGGAUGGCAGGUGAUGAGACUCAGCCAACUCGGUUUGCUUUUGUGGAAUUUGCAGACCAAAAUUCUGUCCCAAGGGCCCUUGCUUUUAAUGGAGUUAUGUUUGGAGACAGGCCACUGAAAAUAAAUCACUCCAACAAUGCAAUAGUAAAACCCCCUGAGAUGACACCUCAGGCUGCAGCUAAGGAGUUAGAAGAAGUAAUGAAGCGAGUACGAGAGGCUCAGUCAUUUAUCUCAGCAGCUAUUGAACCAGAGUCUGGAAAGAACAAUGAAAGAAAAGGCGGUCGAUCUCGUUCCCACUCUCGCUCAAAAUCCAGGUCUAGCUCAAAAUCCCAUUCUAGACGGAAAAGAUCACAAUCGAAACACAGGAGUAGAUCCCAUAAUAGAUCACGUUCAAGACAGAAAGACAGACGUAGAUCUAAGAGUCCACAUAAAAAACGUUCUAAAUCAAGGGAGAGACGGAAGUCAAGGAGUCGGUCACGUUCACGGGACAAGAGAAAAGACACUCGAGAAAAGAUCAAGGAAAAAGAAAGAGUGAAAGAGAAAGAUAGAGAAAAGGAAAGGGAAAAAGAGAGAGAGAGGGAAAAGGAACGUGAAAAAGAAAAGGAACGAGGUAAAAACAAAGAUAAAGACCGGGACAAGGAACGGGAAAAGGACCGAGAAAAAGACAAGGAAAAGGACAGAGAGAGCGAGCGGGAAAAAGAGCAUGAAAAGGAGCGAGACAAAGAGAAGGAAAAGGAACAGGACAAAGAAAAGGAACGAGAAAAGGACAGAUCCAAAGAGAUAGAUGAAAAAAGAAAGAAGGAUAAAAAAUCCAGAACACCACCCAGAAGUUAUAAUGCAUCAAGAAGAUCUCGUAGUUCCAGCAGAGAAAGGCGUAGGAGGAGGAGCAGGAGUUCUUCAAGAUCACCAAGAACAUCAAAACCCAUAAAAAGGAAAUCUUCUAGAUCUCCAUCCCCUAGGAGCAGAAAUAAGAAGGAUAAAAAGAGAGAAAAAGAAAGGGACCACAUCAGUGAAAGGAGAGAGAGAGAACGUUCCACCUCUACAAGAAAGAGUUCUAACGACAGAGAUGGGAAGGAGAAGUUGGAGAAGAACAGUACUUCACUUAAAGAGAAGGAGCACAAUAAAGAACCAGAGUCAAGUGUGAGCAAAGAAGUAGAUGACAAGGAUGCACCAAGGACUGAGGAAAACAAAGUACAACAAAAUGGGAAUUGUCAGCCAAAUGAAGAAAACCUCUCAACCAAAACAGAAGCAGUAUAGGACCAACAAGUGUACCUUUACACUCAGUGCUGGAAUAAAAUCCAAAGCUUUUAAUUUUCUCAACAAGAUGUAGACAUGGAAGAAAUCUAGUUGAGCAUAAAGAUAGGAUCUAACAGCUUUUACAGUUGUUAGGUGACACUGUGGCCAUCUUGUUGCUGAGUAAGAAAAUAAAGCAUGGACAUCAUGAAAACAACAGAUGUUACCCAAACUCAUCUUCUAAAAUCUGUGCAUUUCCAUGGUGGCUGACACACUCGUCAUGUGGUUUGUUAGUGUUUGCCAAGAACCAUUGCAAAUAAAUCGAACAUCAAAGAACCAAAUUUGUACCAUCCCUAAAGACUAGAGAUAAGCAUUGGAGGCUGUUUAAAAAAUGCUAGUUACUGAAUUUUGUAUUGUUUUACCUUUUUUUUUAAAAAAAAAAUUCAGUAUAUACAGUUUGAUGAUGUGCUUGAAAUUGGUGCAAACAUAUACACAUCCUUGUAAGUGCAAAGUAUGUAAGAAGUUUUAACAUUUACUUCACAGGAUUUACAGUGAUUGUGUUAAAUUCUCACUAUUGUGUUUUCUUUUGCUCACUGUUUAGGACAAUGGUUUUUUUAAAAAUAGUUUCGCAGAUUAAAAUUGCUUAAAUAAGUGGAUUAAAAAUACAACUGACAAUGCAUGUUACUGUUCUCUUUCAAAAGGAAGAAACAACUGUUGAAUACUAAUAAUAAUGUAUUAGUAUUCAGUGUUUAGAAUUGUUGGGUGUACCCACAAAGUGAGCAUUUUUUUGAACUUUCUUGACAUUUCCAAGCUUAUUAUGAAUAAUACUGCAGUGUGUCUUGUCAGCUGUAGGUGGCAAAGGUGCCCUUAUAAAAAGGAAACUGGGUUUUCAAAAUGGGCUAUGGGAGCACAAGCUGAAGCUUUAGUGCCUUCUACAAUGUGGUAUACUGUUUUCUAGAAUUUUAUAUGUGCUAGUCAUUCUCAAUCAUAUGGAAUCUAGAUGGAUAUUUCAUUCAUACCCAUAGAGAAGUGUGCAAGUGGUAUGUCAGAAGAGCUUCUUAUGUAUUUCACCUAAUAAGAGAAGGAAGUCCUGUUUUCAAGAAUGGCUUUAUUUCGAGUCAUACAGUUUUGGGACCAUCAGUUUUAUACUGUGAUAAUUGAAAAUGAAACAUGUUCUUAUUUUUCUUAAAUCAGAGGAAACCCUUUAGUUGUCUACAUUGGAUGGCCUUAAUUAUUACCUCUCAAUCAUAUUCUCAUAAAUGACGUGCAGAAAUUAUACUUUAAGGGAGGACUAGGGCUAUACAGGAGGUUAUUUGUUUUAUGUUUAAGGAUACAUUUACUUGAGUUUAUCUUAUAGGUCAUCCAUCAUUCUAAGGCUCACUUUUUGCAGAAAGUAUGCUAAUAGAAAAAUGACAACAUUGCUGUUUUUCCCCAGACUAUAUAACUUGUCAUUUCUGAACUCUUCAUUGUGGUUAUAUUUCCCAAAAUGUAAUCUUUUAAUUAGCAUGUUACUAAAAAAAUCAAGUACUUUAAUGCAAUCUAAUACAAUCAAAUUACUCAGUUGCCUUACCUCAUGGGAAGAGUUACUUUUAUAGAUUUAAAAAGCUGAGUAGCACGUUAGUUACUUGGUUUCAACUUGAGUUUUCUUUUAAUGUUAGUACUAUUAAAACUUAAGUAUUUGGCGGAGAAUGGAAAGAGUUGCCCUUAUUGCAAGUAAUGAAGCCUGGUUUGAUUAUGAAGCUGCUUAAUCACUCUUCAUGUGUUCAAAAUUACUGUGUUUUUGUUUUUUCCUUUUUGUCACUGUGUACAUUAAAAUUUUGGAAAAUGCUUUACUAUGUAAAGUAUAAGAUGGUCAUUUUAAUCAUUCAACCACAUACGGUUGGCUGGUAAGGCUUAUUCUGAUACAAGAAUGCUUGGGUGCAUAUGGAAAGAUUGUGAAAGAGUGUGUGUCUUGCAUCAACAGCUAUCUUAUUUAUGAUAUGUAAGUAGCAUAGAGCAAAUGUUUGAAUCUUUGUUAUUUUUAGUACUGUUGCUCUAAUAAAGCUAAGUAUUUUAGAGGAAAA